GCACGGACAACCCCAAGCUCGUGCUCGAGUACAUGGACGGCGGCAACCUCCGCCAGUACCUCGACAAGAAGCGCAAAGGUGAACCGACGGAGGUCGAGUACUCGACGCUGGAAAGCCUCAACGUACUUUUGAGCUCCUCCAACUACAUCAAGGUGGCCGACUUUGGCCUCACGAAGGAGUUCCACCUCGACAUGACGACGUUUGUGGGGACGCCGGCGUGGACGGCGCCCGAGGUCUUUGAGUCUGGAACGACGUACGACUUUGCGGCCGACAUUUACUCGUUUGGCGUUAUUUUGACGGAGCUUGAUUCGCUCCAGGUGCCAUAUGCGGGCUUGAACGUCUUCUCUGUCAUUGACGGCGUUCGCAGCGGCGAGCUGCGUCCAUCUCUUGGGCCGCAUUGCGCGCCGUGGCUCAAAGACCUCAUCAACGACUGUUUGUUGACGGAUCCGGCGCUGCGUCCGAGCGCCCAAGUCAUCAUCAACCGCCUGCUCCAGCAGAACGACGAGGCGCCAAUCAUCGUCAAGCCAGAGCCAGAGCCGAUGCCAGCAUGUUUGAUGGACACCUGCACCAGCUCGACCUCG